AUGCCUCCUAAAUCUAGACUUCCACGGCAGCAGUCAUCCUUUGUGGUGGUACCACCUGAGGAGUAUUUUGAGGAUGGGCCUCCUGGUUUUGUACCUGGACCAUCAAUAAGGUCCUCAGAACCAAGGCCAAGUGCUAUUCCUACUUCAUCGCCUGCUGGACCGUUUGGCACACCCCCAUUGAGAGCACAACAUGGGACUCCACAUCAUGAUGUAGUUGGUCAGAUGGCUGCACUCAUGCAGCAGCAACAGGCAACAUUUGCUACUAUGUUGGAGGCUCUUCAACGUAACUCACGUGCACCGACGACUCCACGGUUUGAGGAAAAUCGUGAAGCAGAUAUGUUUGACAGAUUCUUGAAGUUGAGACCGUCUAGUUUUUCAGGAGCACCUGAUCCAGUACAGGCUGAGCAUUGGAUGAAUAAGAUGAAAAAAAUGAUGAAUCUAAUAGGAUGUACAGAUGAUCAAAGGGUUGCUUUUGCUGUCUAUAUGUUGGAGGGUGAAGCGGACAUAUGGUGGGAGAAUAUGAGAAAGAAAUUUCCUGAUGGACAUCAUUGGACUUGGGCCGAGUUUCAGAAAACAUUCUAUGGGAAGUAUUUUCCUUCAUCUUACCGCAAUGAAAAAGUAGCCCAGUUCCUUAAGUUGGAACAAGGAAGCAUGUCAGUUGCUCAAUAUGAAGCACAAUUUGCCGAGUUGUCACGCUAUGUUCCUAAAGUCGUGAAAGACGAAGUGUAUAAAUUGCAGAAAUUUAAAGAGGGACUUCGUCAGGGAAUUCAGUCACGGCUAUGUUUUGUAGAUUUUACUGAUUUUGCUGAUGUAGUAGAUAAAGCUAUGCUCGUUGAGAAAGAUUUUGAACGCUUGGCCAAGACUCGUGCUCCAUUCAAAGAUUCAGUGGGUAAGAUUAGGCCAACCCCUUCGGUCCCUCAAGCACCCGAAAAGAGGAUGAAAAUUACUCCACCGACAGACACUUUUUCCCGACCGGUUAGGCACUGUCAUCAUUGUGGAAAGGCAGGCCAUAUUGCUCAAUAUUGUUACAAGAAAUUACAAGCAGAAGGUGGCAUUCCUCCUCAGCCAGUCAUUAAACCUUCACAAAAUCAGAUAGUGCAAAAACCUCUAGUGCUUCGACCUCAGCCACUCAAAGCCCAAGUCCCAAGCAAGAAUGCCUUAGCACGAGUAUAUGCCUUGGAAGCUCAUGAGUCUGAUGAAGCAGAGCUUAAAGCCAUUGAAGGUACGGGAUUCAUUAAAGAAACUCCAGUUCAUGUUUUAUUUGAUACCGGUGCAACUCUGUCUUUUAUUGCUUAUUCUGUUGUAGAAAAUCUGCAAUUAGACACAACCCGUACAGAUCGAAGUAUUACUAUUGUUUCCCCGGUGGGAAAAUUUGUGGAGACAGACAAAUUCUGUCAAGCAUGCCCUUUAUCUUUGGCUAAUCGUGUGGUAUAUGUCGAUUUAGUUUGUAUGAACUUGAAACAAUUUGAUGUCAUUCUCGGUAUGAACUGGCUUUCUCAAGUUCGAGCUAUGCUUGACUGUUGUGCUAAAACAGUUAAGAUAUGCAUACCUAACCAGAUACCUUUUACGGUGCAAGGAAGACAAAAGCAAAUGGUAUUCGAUCGAUUAGCAGCCUUAGAAGAAAAGAAAUCCGAUGAAGUAACUGUAGAUCAGAUCCCCGUUGUAGGAGAAUUUCCCGAAGUUUUUCAGGACAUACCAGGUUUGCCUCCUAAACGGGCAGUGGAUUUCUCUAUUGAUCUCCUACCUAGUACUGCACCUAUUUCCCUAUCACAGUAUAGGAUGCCACCUUGUGAAAUGGAAGAACUUCGGAAGCAGAUUGAUGAUUUGUUAACUCAGGGAUUCAUUAGGCCAAGUGUUUCCCCAUGGGGUGCUCCAGUCCUUUUUGUAAAGAAAAAGGACGGAUCUUCGCGGCUAUGUAUUGAUUAUAGAAGAUUAAACCAAGUGACCGUGAAAAAUAAGUACCCAUUACCUCGUAUUGAUGACUUGUUUGAUCAACUUAAAGGGGCGAAGUACUUUUCCAAGAUUGACUUAAGGUCAGGAUAUCAUCAACUCCGGGUCAGAGAUGAGGAUGUAUCGAAGACGGCAUUUCGAACGAGAUAUGGCCACUAUGAAUUUCUAGUGAUGCCAUUCGGUCUCACAAAUGCUCCAGCCGUAUUCAUGGACUUAAUGAAUCGGGUGUUCAUGCCAUAUUUAGACCGAUUCAUUAUUGUCUUUAUUGAUGAUAUACUAAUCUAUUCAAAAAGUCAGGAGGAGCAUGAAGUGCAUUUGAGGACGGCUUUGAAGACACUCAAGGAAAACCAGUUGUAUGCUAAGUUUUCGAAAUGUGACUUUUGGAAAAAGGAAGUCAAAUUCCUAGGGCAUGUGGUAAAACAAGAGGGUAUUGCAGUUGAUCCGACAAAAGUAGAAGCGAUUGGAAUUGGGAGCAGCCCACUACAGUUACCGAGGUCAGAAGUUUCUUGGGAAUGGCUGGAUAUUAUCGGCGUUUUAUCAAAGAAUUCUCCCGAAUCGCUCGACCGUUGA